CAACACGAUUCUCCCUCACCUCGAUCUUUUGGUUCGGAGCGAAAUCACAUGCUUCUCUCCGAAUCAGUAAGAUCAAUAGAGCAAUGAUUCGUCGCAGAAGUUGUUGGACAUCGGUGAUCGUUUUUCUGUUAAUAUCUCCAACAAUCUUAAAGCCAUCCAUGUCCGAAGUCGAUUACGGUUUGUCAGCUAAGAGGAGACGCAUGAGUGAGAAGGUUCGCAGGAUGUUUUAUCAUGCAUAUGACAACUAUAUGGUAUAUGCAUUUCCUCAUGAUGAAUUAAAACCCAUGACCAAAACUUUCACCGACUCUCUUAGUGAGCUUGGGAAUUUGAAGCUUGAAAACUUACCCCAAGGAUACAAUGGAUCAGCACUUACGCUUGUUGAAUCAUUGUCCAGUCUUGUAAUAUUGGGUAACAACACAGAAUUCGAAAAGGCAGUUAUAUGGCUUUCAGAAAAUCUAUCGUUUGAUGUUGAUGCAAGGAUUAAUCUUUUUGAGUGCAACAUAAGACUUCUUGGAGGACUUGUCUCUGCUCAUAUUCUUGCAACUGAUUCUACAAACAGGUUGAUUCAAGGUACUUACAACAAUCAGCUCCUUGUUUUGGCUGAAGAUUUAGGACGGCGUUUUUUACCAGCUUUUAAUACACCCACUAGUUUGCCUUAUGCCUGGAUUAACUUGAAGUAUGGCAUUAUGGAGGAUGAGACUACCGAAACAAGCACUUCUGGUUGUGGAUCACUUAUUCUUGAAAUGGGAGCAUUAUCGCGGUUAACUGGUGAUGCGAGAUUUGAACAUGCAGCUUUGCGUGCUCUUCGUAAGUUGUGGGGUAUGCGGAGUUCUCUAAACCUUCUGGGAACUACACUGGAUGUAGCAACUGGAGAAUGGAUCGAAUACUCCUCCGGAAUUGGUGCUGGGGUUGAUUCUUUUUACGAGUAUUUAAUCAAAGCUCACAUUCUGUUUGGAAAAGAGGAAUUUUGGCGGAUGUUCCAGACAGCAUAUCUUGGUGUGCAGAAAUAUUUCAGAUACGGUUCAUGGUAUCAUGAAGCUGAUAUGAGAACAGGAAGAGCAACUUACUGGCAACUUACAAGUCUUCAAGCAUUUUGGCCCGGUGUACAGGUUCUUGUUGGGGAUCUUGCAGCAGCUAAUUUAACACAUCGUGAAUUUUUUCAUGUGUGGAAAAAAUUUGGAGUGCUUCCAGAGAGAUAUCUCUUGGAUCAUCAGAUCGUGCACCCUACAGAAAAAUAUUAUCCUCUACGUCCAGAGUUGGCAGAGUCGACAUAUUACUUGUAUCAGGCAACAAAAGACCCCUGGUACUUGGAAGUUGGUGAAGCGAUUGUAGAUUCCCUUAAUUUACACACUAAAGUUGACGGUGGAUUUGCAAGUGUUAAAGAUGUAACAACUAUGCAAUUAGAAGAUCACCAGCAUAGUUUCUUCCUGGCUGAAACGUGCAAGUAUCUAUAUCUUCUCUUCAAUGAUUCAGCUUUGAUGGGUCGCAAUUAUGUCUUCACAACCGAAGGGCACCCUCUUCCUGUUUUAAGUGAUUGGCAUGAAAGGCUUCCUGAUACAUACAUCCCCAGUAACUGGACCUCCAUCAAGGUUGAAACACAAAAGAAACAAGCUAGUGCUAUGUCUAUGCAAGUCUGCCCAGCGAAUCUAUUGAACCCUGGACACGAUGGUCAACAGAUUGAGAGCAUCUGCCAUGUCCCAGACUUGCGCCAUUAUCACAGAUGUUUAACAGACGAUGACUGUGGAAUUGAUUCAACUAAUUGUAGAAGAAGAUCCUGCAGCAUGGCUGGCUACUGUGGUCUGUGGUUGUUCAUAUGAGGUUUGCUUCGACUCGAUUCAAUUCAAUUUGAUUCAUCCUGAAACAAUGAUUAAAACAUUUUCAAGAUUCUUGCUUGCAUAUACAGGUUAGUCUUGAAGUUAUGUAACAUGAAGGGUUUGAUAGGAUACAAUAGGGAAGAGUGAAAAUGUAAAGUUUGAGUAGGAUAGAACAUUAUUGGGGCAUACCCCCAGUGGAAACAGAACUUUGCUAAAGGGAACCAAUUGGAAGUGUAAUAUCACCUGAAAGUA